AUGGCGCCCCGAACCCUCCUCCUGCUGCUCUCGGGGGCUCUGGUCCUGACCGAGACCCGGGCGGGUGAGGCGGGGUCGGGAGAUUUCCGAGUGUGCCUGAACAACGUGCGCGGCUACUACAACCAGAGCGAGGCCGGUUCUCACACUUUCCAGAGGAUGUAUGGCUGUGACGUGGGACCGGGCGGGGACCUCGUCCGCGGGUACCUUCAAUACGCCUACGACGGCGCCGAUUACAUCGCCCUGAACGAGGACCUGCGCUCCUGGACCGCGGCGGACGCGGCGGCUGAGAUCACCCAGCGCAAGUGGGAGGCGGCCGGUUGGGCGGAGCAACAGAGGGCCUACCUAGAAGGAGAGUGCGUGGAGUCGCUCCGCAGACACUUGGAGAACGGGAAGGAGACGCUGCAGCGCGCAGACCCACCAAAGACACACGUGACCCACCACCCCAUCUCUGACCAUGAGGCCACCCUGAAGUGCUGGGCUCUGGGCUUCUACCCUGCAGAGAUCACCAUAACCUGGCAGCGUGAUGGGGAGGACCAGACCCAGGACACGGAGCUUGUGGAGACCAGGCCUGCGGGGGAUGGAACCUUCCAGAAGUGGGCGGCUGUGGUGGUGCCUUCUGGGGAGGAGCUGAGAUACACGUGCCAUGUGCAGCAUGUGGGGCUGCCUGAUGCCCUCACCCUGAGAUGGGAGCCACCACCUCAGCCCAUAAUCCCCACUGUGGCCAUUGUUGCUGUCCUGGUUAUCCUUGGAGUUGUGGUCACUGGAGCUGUGGUUCUAGGUGUUGUCAUGUGGAGGAAGAAAAGCUCAGGUGUAAAAGGAGGGAGUUAUGCUCAGGCUGCUAGCAGUGACAGUGCCCAGGGGUCUGAUGUGUCUCUCACGGCUUGUAAUGUGCCACGCAGGGCUGUGGUCACUGAUAAGGAGGACUCUGAGGGCAAUCAUGUGCUGAGAGGCACAGCAGUCGACCUCUCACUUGCCAAUGUCAGUCUGACUUUGCUGCAGGAAGGGAAGGAGCUAACCCUGGACUCAGAGUUCAGGGGCAGCUGA